AUGCACAUAAAAUGCUUGGAUUCUUUCGAACAGCGAGGAUCCGGAGUGAUUGUAUGUCGUAAGGAUGGAACUUGGAAAACAGACUUGGUUUGCCAAGUGCGUCGUAAAGACUGUAUGGACCUCUAUGAAAAUGGUCAGACUACUUCCGGUGUGUACGAGAUUUAUCCCUAUGGUACCGACUCCCGCCCUGUCAGAGUUUACUGUGAUAUGGACACAAUGGACGGUGGUUGGACGGCAAUACAAAAACGAGUCAAUGGAUCCCUAAGAUUUAAUAGGACGUGGACAGAAUAUAAGAAUGGAUUUGGUGAGCCGGAACACGAUGUCUGGAUAGGAAAUGACGUAAUCCAUCAAUUAACAAAGGAAGGAGCCUCAUCACUUUAUAUAUCCAUCACGCUAGUGAAUGGUAGCAGGCUGUAUGAAUUUUACGAUCAAUUCUCCAUUUCUAGUGAAGCAGACAAGUAUCAACUCUUUCUGGCUGGACCUGCAACAGGACCCUUGGGUGACAGUAUGUUGAACACUAGUUAUUCUAGGGCGGAUUUGUCAGGGAUGUACUUCUCUACCUCAGACAAAGAUAAUGAUAGAUGGAGUGGUAACUGUGCUGUAAAGCACGGAGGAGGGGGAGGAUGGUGGUUUAACGCCUGUAGCUACGCCUUCCUCAAUCGUCCCUGGUCUUGGUAUGAGUGGCGGAGUCCCUGGUUUCCUAAAGUUACGUCUGGGACAUCUGUGAAUGAAACCAUGAUGAUGAUCAGACGUCACUAG